UAAGACCCUGCUUUGUGUCACCGUUUGCUGCACCUUUCCGCUGGAUGCAACUCGCUGCAGUUUUCGUAUGAGUGGUAGUUGGAUGUAAGCAUGUGUGAUCAGUGGCGGCUGUAAUUCCUAGCUCUGUUGAAAUGUGUUCGGGUAACGAGUUUUUGCCGCAAAGAUAUUGAAAGUUCCAUUAUUGGUUUCAAGAUACAAGAAACAACCGCCUUUGACCUCUAAAUUUGAGAUCGAAACAACGCUUGUCACGGUCGUGCAUUCAGCCGCGAGGUUCAGAUACAGCACUGCAUACGUUCGGUUUAGAUGGAGUCAAGUAUCUAUAACCAAUUGAUGGUCGUUUAAUCCGAAAUUCACUUCAACAACCGGAUUUUGAUGCGCCGCAGAACAUUUAUUUUAUUGUAAAUGGUCAGCCACAGACGAGUACCCCAAAACUAAUAAGUCAUUUUCAAAUCCAAGUCCAGGGUAAUCGCGGAGGUGCGGGAAGCAAGAUUCGAGUGCAACAAAAAAUAGUUAUUUGACGCGAAACACUUCGAUUUUCCAAUUUAGUUUUUGCUACAUCAAAGGCUGCGGUUUAAUGCGAAAUGUCUUCAACUUUCUAGUUGGCAAGAGUAAACGGUGCGAGAGAAAACUGCAAACACAUCGAGAAAUUGGAGAUUCACGUAUGCAAAAUGGCUAUUGCAACAGAAAAAGAAAAUCAAGAUAACAAUAAUACCACAAUAGCAGAUUUUUUCAAAGAUAAAAACAUAUUUAUAACGGGUGGCACAGGAUUCCUUGGUACAGUUCUCAUUGAAGGACUCUUAAGUGUCACACCCGAUAUAGGAACCAUAUAUGUACUAGUCAGAGCAAAACACGGGUUUGAUGCAGAGGAACGGAUAAGCCGGAUGCUGCAGAAAGCAAUUUUUGAAAAACACAAUGAAAAAACCUUAAAGAAAGUCGUACCUGUCCUUGGCUCAUUGAGCGAUCCAAAACUUGGCUUCCCCGACGAAAUAUACAGGGAGCUGACCGAAAAGGUUAAUAUAAUCUACCACGCCGCUGCCACAAUUCGCUUCAGUUCACCUCUGAGGACAUCAAUUCUUACAAACUUAACGGGAACCCUUCGUACCAUUGAAUUCGCCAAAAGUCUGAAAAAUCUUUCCGCUUACAUUCAUUUAUCGACGGCAUUUUGCAAUAGUAAUAAUCGCGGAUUAAUCACCGAAACUGUAUAUAAAUCGCAUUGGGAACCAAAGGAAAUGAUCAGGAUGGCAGAGGACGACAAAGCAUGGGAGGAUUUUACACCGGAGAAACUGAAGGAGAUCAUACGGGAUCAUCCUAACACAUAUACAUUUACCAAAAAUUUAGCAGAGAACUUAAUACAGGAGGAAAUGUCGGGAUUGCCUGCAGCAAUUGUUAGACCCUCGAUCGUAUACGGUACAUGGGAACACCCAAUUGAAGGAUGGGUUGGAAAUGCUACAAGUGGCCAUUUAGGGUUCCUAGCAGGCUAUAUCAAGGGCGUGUUCCGAACAAUGAAUGGAAAUGCAUCAUCUGCCAUAGACGUAAUACCAUGUGAUUACGUGAUAAAUUCGUCACUAGUCAUGGGCUGGUAUGUUGGCACACGAAAAUUGGCAACACCUGAAGUGAUCCACUGCACAUCCGGCGAAGUGAAUCCCUUAACAUUAGAGCAAUUUACAGAUACUUUAAACAAAUGCGUUAAAUAUAGUCCUGCUGAUUACUACCUCUGGAAACCAUACACUAAAAUCCGCAAUGGAUGGCGUUAUGCGUUAUUCUUCUUUUUGUUCCAAAUAAUCCCAUCGAUCUUCAUUUUGUUACCAGAAAAGAUAUUUAACUUGGGCAUGACACAUCAUACGACCCUCGAGUACAUGCGAGUGUUCCACAAUGGUACAAAAGCCUUCGACUACUUCCUCGACAAAGAUUUCCGAUAUUCACUAACCAAUGCGUUGCGGAUAAUAUCGUUCCUGAAUGAAUCGGACAGAGCCCGUUACACAUUCGAUGCUAGUAACUGCGAUUGGUCCAAAUUCAUGUCUAGUUGUCUCGUCGGAGUGAGGCGGUUUUACUUCAAGGAAUCAGCGAAAACUACACAAUGGCAUCGCAUCCAUUGGAAAAUAACGGAGGUUUUAUACUACCUUGGAUUCAUUGUUCUUUUCGGGAUUGUGUACAGUAUCGUCAGGCCUGUGUUUGGAGGCUAUGGUCUUGGCAUUUCAUUGUUGGUGUGGGCGUUCUUGGUGUGGUUAUAAGUGGGUUAAAUUUUAGUCUUUUUAUUUCAAUUUCUCAAUGUUUUUAAUGUUAGACAAUUUAUGAGAUAAUAAAUGUUUUUAUUGUAUUAGGAUA